AGAAACAAGGGAAUAAACCAAAAAAAAAAGUCAGUUUCCACCUCUCCUCCACCAUCACUCAUCUAAUUUAACAUAACAUGGAACUAACCUAGUAAAUAUAAAAACAAAAAUGAAAUUCCUUAAUUUAUUAAAGAUUUUCUCCAUUUCAUCCUAUCAAAUACCUCGAAGUUACUCCAAAGAGGCCCCCAAAGCUUUACGAAGCCUCAAAGCUAAGUCUACGAGGGACACUGUGCAAUAUUACAUAGAUUCUUAUAGAGUACGAGCUGUAGGGGGUAACGGCGGAGAUGGCUGUAUUUCCUUCCUUAGUGCGUGGUGUAAGGGACAUGCAGGACCAGAUGGAGGUGACGGAGGCCACGGGGGACACGUUAUUUUUAAGGCGACACACUCAGUGAAAAGUUUGAAUCACUGUAAAACAGUAACGCAAGCUAAGCAUGGAGAGAAAGGUUACAACAAAGACUGCACGGGAAAGAAUGCUGAACAUAUCAUUGUACCUGUACCCUUGGGUACAAUAGUAAAAGACGACAAAGGGAAAGUGAUAGCCGACUUGAGUUCCGAAGGGAUCAUGUUUGUUGCGGCGAGGGGUGGCGCCGGGGGGAGGGGGAACAAAUUCUUCCUGACUGACACUGAACAGGCCCCGGACAUAGCGGAGUUUGGGGCGAAGGGCGAAUGCAAGACGUACACACUGGAGGUGCGGUCGAUGGCGCACGUGGGGCUGCUGGGCGCGCCCAACGCGGGCAAGAGCUCGCUGCUGCGGGCGCUGUCGCGCGCGCGCCCCGCCGUGGCGCCGCAUCCCUUCACCACGCUGCGCCCGCACAUCGGUAUGGUACCAUACGACGACUACGAACAAGUAGCCAUAGCCGACUUACCGGGUUUGAUUCCCGGUUCACACAAGAAUUAUGGACUAGGGAUCCAAUUCCUACAGCACGUGGAGCGGUGCCGCGGCCUCGUCUACCUGCUCGACGGGGCGGACAGUCCCCGGCAGCAGUACGAGACUCUCACCUAUGAGUUGUCUCAGUAUAAUCCAACUCUGUCCACAAGAGACAAAUGUAUAGUUGUCAAUAAGAUUGACCUCCCAGAAGGCAGAAGGGGUUACGAAGACUUGAAGAAAACUCACAAAGUGAUAGGAAUAUCGGCGAAGACUGGACUCAACCUCGGCGAGUUGUUGAGAGCUAUCAGAGAUAUUUAUGACGGGGAACAUUGAAUGUUAUAGUUUAAUCUCUCUCUCUAUCUGUGCUUCGCGGCUACUUUUGGGGAUGUGAAGCCGCGAAGCCCCGGGUCGGCGGUCAAAAAAAUACCGUACAAUUUGGAAGAUUCGCCGGUGUAUAUUAGCUUGGGAAUGCUGUUGUAGCUGUCUGUAAGCUGUUUAGGCUGUGUGUCCCUUAAUCGCCUCGUACGACAUCCACGGGAGGAUAUGAAGUGGUUAUAUUCUAGAACCACACGCCACGCCAGUUUAAUCACAUUACACUAAUAUUAUAAACGCGAAAGUUUGUGAGUUUUUUUUACAUCUUCACUCUCAAACGACCAGGCCAAUUUUUGUGAAAUUUGGUGUUGAGGUAGCUGAUACCUUGGAUUAAUACAUAAGGUACUUUUUAUUAUAGUGUUGGCGCAAAAUGUCUUUUUCUCAUAAUGUCCUUUCUCAUAAUGUCCUUUUCUCAAAAUGUUCUUUCUCAAAAUGUCCUUUACUCACAAUGUCCUUUCUCAAAAUGUCCACAGGAACAGUUAGAUUUUCUUUUUCUUCUCCACAAAACUUAGACGUAUGUGUUUUCACUCCGUUUGCAAAGCGCUCUUGUCUGUGUUGAAAACACGACUUGGAACUUGCAUAAUAUCUUUGAGGCUUUUUCGUUCUAUAUAUAAGUGAAUCAGAAAACUAACUUCGCAGUGAUUUACAGAUAACAUCGCUAGAAGUCAAUUUCAGAAAACUAAUUUCGUCCGCGAGAUUCACAGGCUUGAUUUAGUCAGAUUUUGUACAGUUUUCUCAACAAUACCUUUUUAAAAACGAUCGAAACCCUUUUUUACCUGGCUUGUUGUCAGUAAAAGGAUUAGGUUUUACUUGUUCGACAAUAAUUCUGUGCACGUUUUCGAUUAGUAAUUCUCGAUUUACUGGGAAAUGUUUUGCGUUCGUUGCGAUUAACAAUUUUUCUAAGAUGUCUUCUUCCGAUUUUGAUAGUACUGUUUGUGGUCCCAACGUAUACUCCCAAAGGACUUGUGUCCGAUAUUAUAAAUUGUGUGUCAAUAAAUACUUCACAUAUUAGGUAUUACUGGAAAACCUUUAUUCAGCAAACUAUUACACACGAUAAUAAUAAUAAUGAAAAUUUUAAAGUAAACUUUUAUAAAAAGUGUCUAUACAGACAGAUUAUAUAAACACAUAAAUAUAAAACAUAAAUAUAUAUAUAUAUAUAUAUACAUAUAUACAGCACCUAGCUAGCUACUAUUUUAUUUCGCGCGUAUUUGCACAAUUUUAAUGCUAAUUUAUAUUUAUGUGUCAAGUGAUUAGCUUGAUUGUGAUAACUAUUUAUAUAGUUUAAAUUAAUCGCAAUAUAAGGUAGUUAUGUAAUUGAUGGCAUGUUUUUUUUUAAAUUAUUAUAGGUAUGACGUUUUGCCUAUUCGCGCAUUAGUCGUUUUUUGGCCCGGCUUUACCUUUCUUUUUUUUCACCCCACGCCACUGUUAUUCCGUAAACUAUUACACACGAAUUUAAUCUUUUAAACACUUGCUUAGCCGUCCGGCUGCGGUCCCGUUCGCCCGUCAGCCAGAGUGGCGGGAAUCGCAUGUCAGCAAGGUGGGUUGGAUUAGGUAAAACCCGUACCUGUUCGAACUAAUACUAAUCCCUAAAAAUACCUAAUCCGUGCUAAUAGUCACAGUCGACUUUGAUCUAAUAUUGAUUGUAUACAAAAAAUAUUAGGUAUUCGUGAUAUUCUAAUACAUUAGUAUUAAACGUUGUUAAACACAAAGUUUUAAGACUCCAAAUUGUGUGCCGCAAACAAAAAUUUCGUCACCUAAUCCACCGUUCUCUUGCACCGCACAUUUGCAAUCUGAAUUUUGAUUUCAAAGCAAAAUGGCCGACUUCAAUGACGUUUGACAUUAUGACAGCUUAGAAGUAGAUGGUUGAGUUGAGGUGUUGCUAGUGCAAAAAUGGGUGUAUUCUUGGUUAAUAUUUAGUUUUUUUUAAAGUGUACACUUUAAAAAAAAAAACUUACUGGGUUUUGUUCAUUAUUGGUGCCGUCACACUAAUGUAGUCAGAUUCCAUAAAUGAUGACUUUACAUGAUUAUUUUCAGUAAUCUGUAAUCAUGAUAAAUGUAAUCGUAAUCCUUAUCAAACUGAUUGCUGUUAGCCCAUCUAUAUAGCCGCAUGCACAUAUAAUUUCAACCAAAGUUUUUAAUUUAUUAAACUAUAGCAUCAAUUGUGAUAAUUAUGUACUGUAUGUUAUUUGUAAAUAAAACCAUUUUUUAAGAAAA